UGUCUCGCUCAAACCGCACCUCUCUCUCGUUCCUUUUGUGACAUUUUUGCGAAACGUCCACCGCGUUUCCUUGUGGAAAUUAUUCUAAAAAAUCACAUUAGGGCAUGGUCGGUAAAGUUUUCCAGUCGAAAACCCGUGACAUAAAAUCUCUCACCGUGGUUAAGUUUUUUCGUGCCAAGUGCAACUAAACUAUCAAGAUUCCGCCGAUAAUUCAAAGCCUACCCAGUGGGUGGCUUAAUUUGGGCUGAAAAAAAUAUAAAAAGAAGAGGAAAAAAAUAUGGAAAAUAAACGCGGCAGCUUCUUUAGCGAUAAAAAACAAAAACCCAAUAUGACACGAGAAAAAGAGUUUAAGAAAAAAAAUGACAGACAGAAGAAGUUUGACGAGAAUCGUAGUGGACUGGAUGAGAAUAACAAAGAAGGAGAAAAGAAACCGUUUGAUAAAAAAGCUUAUAGAAUCAAGAAAUACAGUAAGAAAUAUAAGCUAGAACAAUGGGAGGAACAACGUAAGAAGCAAAUGCUUCGAGAAUAUCAGAAAAGCAUAAAAAAUGAUCCCAUGGUGGGGUCUUAUAAACCAAUAUCAUUUGAUGAAGACACAAUUGAUUCUACCGUUGGUAGAUUUGUGAAACACCCAGACAUACUUGAGAAGGAAUUAGAAAAGACUAAAAAACAAGACCCACUCGCAAAAGCUAAAGAAAAGUUGGAUAGAAUAAAACAGGAGAAAAUAGAGAAGCGCCAAGCAAUAGAGAAAGCUAACCAAGAGAGAAUGCAGAAAUUGCAGGAGUAUAAGAAGAAAAAGACUGAAAGAUUUAAGAAAUUGAGUAAGAAGACUAAGAAGGGACAGCCAGUUAUGACUGGUAGGUUAGAACUAUUGCUAGAGAAAAUACAAGAUUCAAAAUGAAUUUUAGUUUUUAUAAGCUAAUUGUUUUUCUGAUAAUUAUAAUUAGAAUAAUGGUUGUUUGAUAAUUAUUGUUUUUAUUUUAUGUUUCUCUUGGGUUUGGUUGGUUUAGACCAUUAUGUAAAAA